AUGAUGAAACGAGCGAAUACUGAAUACGCAACAACAGAAGUAGAUCGUCCGCGUAUUCUUUGUGGCCAGUCGCUGAUUCACACCCUAAAGGAGCAGUGUGGACAACGCGGAACAUUCUCACCCUACCAUAAACGCGCAGUUCGUGAGCUCAUCAGAGUGGCUAGAGGACUUCCCGACAUAUCAGAUUUUGUUGAUAGUCAAAUCCACUUGCACAAACGAUACGACGAUAUCUGUGAAGUGUACUUGCGAUACGAACCCGAUAGUCCACUUUCUCAAUGCUGUUGCUUGGGCUGUACAAGAGCCUACUUGGAAAACUUUUGCGCUGAGGCAUAA